AUGCAGUCAUCCCGUUUCCAGUCCAUCACCGCUCGCUUUUCUGCAGGCACACUGCACACCACCUUCCGCCGGUCCUCAUCCGCCUCCUCCCGUGCCAGCAGCAACAGAGACUCUUUCGCCACAACCUCUUCGUCCCCUGCCAGUACCAUUAAUAGCAUCGUCUUCAGCCAACCGUCAAUCCUCGACCUUGAGGAGGAACGCAAGAGUUUCGGUAGCGAGCUCAGUAUCCUUGAGCCACGACCAGUUGUAUACUGGGGCAGCGUCGAGGAGCGCAUGGGUUCACGAUAA